AAGAAGAAGAAGAGGCAGUCGGCCUCCUAGGAAACGAAAUUCACUUCCGGUUAGCAAAAAUGGCUCAAGGUUCACACAAGUUUAAAGCUCAGCGGCCAGGAGCCUCCAAGAAACACCAACAAAACAAACACAAAGGACCGAAGAAAGGAGGAAGGAUCAUUGCACCGAAGAAGGCUCAAGUGGUCGAGCAACAGAAGCUGAAGAAGGGUCUAGAGGUUGCCAUCAGGAACAAGAUUGAGCAGGAGGUGACCCAGAGGGCCAGCACAUCUCUCCACAAGCCUCUGAGCGUGGUCAAAGGGGCUGAGAGUAAAGGCAAAGCAGGAGCAGCCCAGCCAGGAAGCAGCUCCAAAUAAGACCUGAUACACAUCUACACACCUGAGUCUGAAGCUGAAUGACUCUGUCCAAUGAUCACUGAGCUACAUAUGAUUUCAGAUGGAUGUCAACUUUCCUUUUUUUGUUUCAGCUGACAUCAGGCAUGUAGAAAUAGUCAAAUUUGUUCUUGUACAGAUGCAGAUUUUAGGACUUUAACAGUUUACAAACAAAUAAGAGAUGAGAAAUUCUAGAUAAACUUCCACUGGAGGGCAUCAAGGGACCUCAAGGACUCCUGGAGUUUCUGAUCUUUUUGCUGUUUCUUAUUGUAAAAAUCCUGAUUCAGAACAGAAUGGACAUCAGAAAUCGUUAUAUGAUUGUACAGAAAACAGUGAAUUUAUGAGCUUGACAUAAUGUUUGCAGUUAUGUAUUUGAUAAGUAGCAGUGCUGUACAACUUCACACAGUGAACAUGUACUGGGUGUAUUUGUGUUGCUUGCUACAUAAAACCAAAGGAUGGUAAUCCUGACUGUUGAA